GGGACAUUCGCCUGGGGCGCACGUCACAGCCCCGCCCUGUGUUCGUGGGAGGAAACACGAAGAUUAAAUCUCCAAGCGCCUCAGGGUACCACCAGGACCUGCCUCACCUCACCAGAAUGAACUCACUGGUCUCUUGGCAGCUGCUGCUGUUCCUCUGUGCCACCUCCUUCCGGGAGAGCUCGGGAGAGGUGGCCGCCAUGGAGAAGCCUGGACCCACAGAUCAGCGGCUGGGAGCCCCGGGCCUGCGGCGCGCGCUGGAGACAAAGCUCGCUCCGGCCCCGCUGAGCCUUCGGGCAGCGCCGCAGUGCCCGGCCGCCGGGAGCCGGUGCGCCCCGCGCGGCCGCCUGGCCCCGGCCCCGCGGGACGCGGUGCUGGUGCAGCGCGAGAGGGAUUCGUCCGCCUACAACUGGAACUCGUUCGGCCUGCGCUACGGCAAGCGGGGGGCCGCGCUGGGCCGCGGCGGGGUCUGCGCGGGGCGCUGCUGA